CUGCCGCCGAUCAAGAGAGAGAGAGAGAGAGCGAGAGACAAGCGGCUUUUUGGAUUGUGAGAAAUUUGGAUAAAAUCAAAAUCUCUGAUUUUUUUCUUUAAAAUUCUCCCGUUUUUGACACGGAUUAGACUCCAAGGAUGGCUAUCACAAGCUCUGAAGUCCGCGGUCUCGUCUUCGGCGUGCUGCUUUAUUCUCUACAUUUGGCAGAGGGCGAUUUGAGCUACUCGUUUUCAGAGGAGAUGCGACGCGGAUCAGUGGUCGGAAAUGUUGCCAAAGACUUGGGUCUCGAUGUCAGCAAGCUGUCCGCUCGAAAGGCUCGCAUUGAUGCGGAAGUAAGCAAUAAACAUUAUUUUGAGAUAAACAUCCGUACCGGAGAUUUGGUUAUCUCCGACAGAAUCGACAGAGAAGGCCUUUGUGGAGACAAAGCAUCCUGCGUUUUGAAACAAGAGAUCAUGUUGGAGAAUCCACUAGAGCUGCAUCGGGUGAAUCUGCAUGUUCAGGAUAUAAAUGAUAACGCUCCGCAAUUUAAUAGAGAGCUGAUCCAAAUCGAUAUAAGCGAAUCUGCAGUGAAAGGUGCUCGUUUUCCAAUAGAGGAAGCUCAUGAUGCAGAUAUAGGCCAAAAUUCAGUGCAGACUUAUAACCUGCAGAACAAUGAAAAUUUUAUUCUGGGUGUUGGAACAAAUUCUGUUGAGCUUGUCCUGAACAAAGAGCUAGACCGUGAGAAAUUAAAGGAAAUCGGUCUUCUUUUGACAGCCCUUGAUGGUGGCUUGCCACAAAGGACAGGUACUGUGAAGAUCCAUAUAAAUGUCCUGGAUGCAAAUGAUAACAUUCCAGUGUUCAACAAGCUUGUGUAUAAGAGCACAAUACCAGAAAACUCUCCAGUAGGGUCUGCUGUUCUAACAGUUAGUGCAACUGAUGCAGACGAGGGAUUAAAUGGAGAGGUUACUUAUGAUUUUGGACAUAUUUCUGAUGAGGUUAAGGGGAUUUUUGAAAUAGACAGUAAAACAGGUAAAAUAAAACUGAUGACUACAGUUGAUUUUGAAACAAUGCCAUUGUUUGAACUUCGUGUGACAGCAAAAGAUGGGUUAGGACUGACCUCUUAUUCCAAGGUCAUAAUUGAUGUCACUGAUGUAAACGAUAAUGCACCAAUUAUAAAUGUAAAAUCCCUAUCCAAUCCCGUACCAGAGAACGUGUCACCUGGUACAGAGGUGGGCAUCAUAAAUGUCCAGGACAGAGACUCAGAGAAAAAUGGACAGGUCCGCUGCUCCGUUCAGCUGAACGUCCCUUUUAAGUUGGUUCCCUCUAUUAAAAACUAUUAUUCUCUGGUGACCACAGGACAGCUGGACCGUGAACUAGUUUCUGAUUACAAUAUUACAAUCACUGCCACUGAUGAGGGCUCUCCACCUCUGUCCUCCUCUAAAACGGUUCAGUUAUCUGUAGCUGACAUCAAUGACAACCCACCUGUGUUUGAGGAACAGUCCUACAGCGCAUAUGUGAGUGAAAAUAACAAACCUGGCUCCACUUUGUGCUCUGUUUCUGCUCGAGACCCCGACUGGAGACAAAACGGUACAGUGAUUUAUUCUCUGUUACCUGGUGAGGUGAACGGUGCCUCGGUGUCCUCCUAUCUAUCUGUUAACGGAGACACGGGGGUGAUCCACGCUGUCAGGUCGUUUGAUUAUGAACAGUUCAGGAGUUUUAAAGUCCACGUCAUGGCCAGAGACAACGGUUCUCCUCCACUCAGCAGCAACGUGACCGUCAGUGUGUUCAUAUCGGAUGUGAAUGACAACUCUCCUCAGAUACUGUACCCCGCCCCGGAGGGCAGCUCCUUCAUGACCGAGCUGGUCCCCAAAGCUGCACACGGAGGCUCUCUGGUGUCCAAAGUGAUCGCGGUGGACGCAGACUCUGGACAGAAUGCCUGGCUGUCCUAUCAUAUAGUCAAAGCCACAGAUCCUGGACUUUUCACUAUUGGUCUGCACAGCGGAGAGAUCAGGACACAGCGGGACAUUUCAGAAUCUGACAGCAUGAAACAGAACCUGAUUGUUGCAGUGAAAGAUAACGGACAGCCCUCUCUGUCUGCCACCUGUGCCAUGUAUUUACUUAUUUCUGAUAACUUGGCUGAGGUGCCAGAACUGAAAGAUAUUUCUUAUGAUGAGAAGAACUCCAAGCUGACCUCCUAUCUGAUCAUUGCGCUGGUUUCUGUGUCCACCUUCUUUCUGACCUUCAUCAUCAUCAUCCUGGGUGUGAGGUUUUGUCGCAGGAGAAAGCCCAGACUGCUGUUUGAUGGGGCAGUAGCCAUCCCCGGAGCUUAUCUCCCUCCUAAUUACGCAGAUGUUGACGGCACAGGAACUUUACGCAGCGCCUACAAUUAUGACGCCUACCUGACAACAGGAUCUAGAACCAGUGACUUUAAGUUUGUAUCAUCUUACAACGACAACACGCUGCCUGCUGACCAGACUCUGAAGAAAAGUCCAACAGAGUUUGCUGACAUGUUUGGAGACAGUGAUGCUUCUCCUGAGGUAGGAAUGGAUUUUCUUCAAAAAAUCUUUUCAGAUAAGGAAUCUUAAUAUCACAUUCCCCUA